GGUCCUCAGAACUGUGAGGCUGACGCUCUAACCAGUCGUCCAACGUGCCGCUGAUAAGCAAUUAGUCCUGAAGAAUUGUGUCUGUUGUAUUGAAUUGAUCCUAUCACCUCGUUACAUUAUGUCGCUUCCUUUUACGAAGUAGAAGAACCAUAGUUUGCACUUUCACUUCCAGGUAACUUUUUCACAAUAUUGUGAAACCUUUUACUUGCCGUGGGAAAGGAGCUCCUUCCAAACCAAGACCCCCCCUCCCCGUAGUCGUAUUUAUUUUUUUCAGACAAUGUAGAUUUCCCUUUUUUUUUUCUUGAAGCGAAACUUUUCCAUAGGGGAAAAGGUAUCGGCCGAUAAUUAGUAUUUUAUGCUGAUCGGUUUUCAAGUCAUAAUUCGCCAUUCCGAUCAAGGACGUCAAUGAUCGGCUCCGCAAAAGACAUUUACUCUGCCUCGCCAUCGUGUAUAGUAUAUUUGAAUCCAAAAGCUAGUUUAUUUUUAGCCACGUCGCCUGUCUUUUGACGUAGUACUGUAAAUAUCUGACAGCCAAUAAAGUUAUAAAAAAAAAAAACGUCGGCGGUGUAGGACAGACAACACGUAAUGCCUGGAUCAGACUACAAGACAAAUUUGGUCUUUCACGAUUGCACUUUGUCAGACUACUGCAAUAAAAUCUUGUAUUCCGAUACCACCGCAUCCCGUUUUUUACGAUCAUGAGGCUUUUCAACUCAAAUGCGACCGUAUACACUUUUCCCUCUCCACCCCUCUCAUUACCGUGGCGACGACAACAAGAGUGGAUCGCGCCGACUGUAUUGUAAGGACAAAAUAGGGAAAGAAGUGUGUUGGUGGUCACCGGGGCUCAGGACAGGAGCGGACGUUCGUUUAAGGAGGUACGACUAUGUGGAGGUGUACAACGGCAAGGAUGAGCUGGCACCCAUGUUGGGUAAAUUCUGUGGCAAGAUUGCACCCUCGCCAAUCAUCUCCAGCGGCGACCAGCUCCUCAUCAAGUUUGUCUCCGACUAUGAGACGCAUGGGGCCGGAUUCUCCCUACGCUACGAGGUCUUCAAGACAGGUCAGGAAUGUUCCAGGAACUUCACGGCUCCCGCGGGGGUCAUUAGCACGCCGGGCUACCCCGACAAGUACCCCAACAACCUGGAGUGCACCUUCAUGAUCUUCGCGCCCAAGAUGUCCGAGAUCUUGGUGGAGUUCGACAGCUUCGACAUGGAGCCCGACACGACGCCGCCACCGGGGGCGCUGUGUCGCUUUGACUGCUUGGAGAUCUGGGACGGAUUCCCCGCAGUGGGUCCCCACAUCGGGCGCUACUGCGGCCAGACAUCCCCGGGCCGUGUCAUCUCCUACACGGGCAUCCUGUCCAUGACCAUCACCACUGACACGGCCAUCACCAGGGAGGGCUUCUCUGCCAACUACACCAUCAGGGACACCAGCCUCCCCCAAGGAAACGGGCAAAAUGCCUUCUUGUGCUCGGAGCCUCUGGGGAUGGAGUCAGGCGAGAUUUCCUCGAAGCAGAUCAGCGCCUCGUCGCAGUACAACAACAACUGGUCGCCGGAACGCUCUCGCCUCAACUAUCACGAGAACGGAUGGACGCCGUCAGACGACACCGUACGCGAGUGGAUCCAGGUGGACUUGGGCUUCCUGAGGUUUAUCACGGCCAUCAGCACACAAGGAGCCAUCUCUAAAGAGACCAAGAAGCACUACUUUGUUCGCUCCUACAAGGUGGACCUGAGCUCCAACGGAGAGGACUGGGUGACGGUGAAGGAUGGUUCGAAACAGAAGAUCUUCCAGGGGAACCACAACCCGACAGACGAGGCUCGCUCCUUCCUGCCCAAGCAGACUCUGGCUCGUUACAUUCGCAUCCGGCCCAUGUCCUGGGAACAAGGCAUCUGCAUGCGCUUUGAGCUCUACGGCUGCAGAACCUCAGACUACCCGUGUUCAGGAAUGCUGGGCAUGGUGUCCGGUCAGAUCUCGGACGGUCAGAUCAGUGCCUCGUCCUAUGCCAACCGGGGCUGGAUGGCCGAGAACGCCCGUUUGUUGACGGGCAGGUCGGGUUGGACGGGCCAGCAGACCAAGCAGCCCUUCAGGAACGAAUGGCUGCAGGUGGACCUGGGCCAGGUCAAGAUGUUGAGCGGCGUGGUGAUUCAGGGCGGCAAACACUACGACAAGAACAUCUUCAUGAAGAAGUUCAAGGUGGGACACAGUCUGGACGGAGAAGUCUGGACGCUGGUCAACGAGGACACCACCACAAAGCCUAAGAUUUUCACAGGCAAUCAGAACCACGACACACCUGAGCUGAGGUCGGUGGGUUCUCUGCCAACCCGUUUCGUCCGGAUCUACCCGGAGAGAGCCACCAUGGAGGGGGUGGGCCUACGACUGGAGCUGCUGGGCUGCGAACUGGACGACAUCACAACCACGGCCUUGCCCACCACACCACUCGCCACUAUGCUUCCCUCCACCACGUUUGGAGCAACUACCACGUCGCCCCAAACGGUGCCCGUCACCACGCCGUCCACCAACACCGACACAGACACUCCCAAAGACUACACGUCAGCGACAGCAGGAGGCAUCACACCUGCUGACCCCGUGGUGGACUUCAUACCAGAUAGCUGGCAUAGGCUUCAGCACGCUCGCGACCCUGACUACUUGUGGUUCGCCUGCAACUUCGACUUCACCUCCUUCUGUGGUUGGACUACGGAAGCGGGCUCGGGUGCCGAGUGGCUCAUCCAGACUGGCGCAGGCGCUCCAGCCGCACGCAGAGCGCCCACGCUGGACCGCACGGGCCGCGCAGGAAACUUCAUCCUUAUGCAUCUGACUGACUCGCCGUUAAGAAGUGAUGAAGAUGAUGAAGAGUAUGUGGAGAGGGUGGCCAGGCUGUCCAGUCUGCCAGUGACGGCGCCCCACGCCGACCUGUGCUUGUCCUUCUGGUACCACAUGCUGGGCCAGCACCCUGGGGUGCUCCACAUCAGACAGGAAGAGGAACAGGAGCUGGGGGAAGGGAAGGGGAACAUCCUGUGGACAAUUAGUGGACACCAGGGGACGCGAUGGAGAGAAGGACGAGUUUUACUACCGAGAUCCAGUCAACCUUAUAGAGUGGUUGUGGAGGGUGUUGCGGACAGACUUAGCACAGGACACAUGGCCGUGGACGACAUCCGCAUUUUAGACGCUCUCAACACCGACCACUGCAAAGAUCCAGAGGUUCCUCCAUCUCCGCCCACACAAAUCAUCAUCCUACCGAUGGAAGAGGCAGCGGGCGAGCUGAGCGGCGGCGUGGGCGAGGCGGACAGCAUGCUGAAGACGCUGGACCCCAUCCUGAUCACCAUCAUCGCCAUGUCCGCCCUGGGCGUCUUCGUGGGCGCCGUGUGCGGGGUGGUGCUGUACUGCGCGUGCUCGCACGCCGCCAUGGCCGAGCGGAAUCUCUCGGCGCUGGAGAACUACAACUUCGAGCUGGUGGACGGCGUCAAGCUGAAGAAGGACAAGAUCAACGCACACACUAACUACUCGGAGGCGUGAGGGGCAGGGGCCGGCGGAGGGGCCGCCGUUGGACUUCAGGGUGGGUGUUUCUUUCUCAGGAGCGGCAGUGCUACAGACUGACCUGCAGGGGGGCACUCUGUGCAAACUAACUAACUGUACAGCAAAAAGAAAAAAAGAAGAAGAUAAUCUAUUUGUUUGGGGGUUUUGUUUUGUUGAUUGUGUGGGGGGUUUGUGUUAAUCUUCUCAUGCUGGUGAUGAGACCAAGUCACAAGUAAAUGCGUGUGUGUGUUUGUGCGUCUGUGUGCGUGUUUACGCGCGCGUGCGUGCGUGUUCUAACAGUGCCUUUUUUCCCCCCACCACUUUUUCUUAAUAAUUUGCCUUUUUUUUUUUUUCUUUUUUUCAACCAUCACGAGUGUCUCAUCCGGGGUUCCCAUACACACACACACACACACACAGAAUGUCUCAGUGUUCAGUCGCAACAUGAAGAUCGCGUCUCAGCAUUCAGUCAAAAUCCAAUGACUGCGUCUCGUCAUUCGGUUGAAACAUGAAGACGAUGCGUCAGCGUUCAGUUGAAGACAAUCUCUCCGCAUUAAAUUGAAGAAAAAAUAUCUCAGCAUUCAGUCGGAGCAUGAAGACGUCUCAGCAUUCAGUUCAAACGGGAGGACAAUUUCUCGGCAUUCCUUUGAAACACGAAGACAAUACCACAGCAUGGAGAAAUACAUUUGGUGAUAGUUCAGAAAUAAUGUGAUUAUUUUCUGGCUUAUGUUCUUUUGUGGUCAAAUUCACAUUUUGUGAUGCUUGUGUGUGUGAGAGCUUUUGAGAGCACACGUACACACGCGCACGUUCUAUCAUAUUGUACAUAAUUUUAAUAUAUUUCUAUGGGAGUUGUUUUUCUACGCGGGAAGGUGCAGCAGUAUCCUUUCUUUAGUGCUUCGAUCGUUGAUAUGUCGUCCCAUACAACACACACACAGACCAUGUUUGUGUGUCUUUUAAUGUGAUUUGUGUGGGCGGGCGUGUGUGAAGCUUUGCGUAUUUCCGGACUGAAGGGAAGCGGCGCUUUCGUACAGGGUAACACUGGACCCCCGACAAGGAGGAGCCAACACCUCAAGUGUCUCCAUCUUUUCAGUAGCCUGGUUGCCAUGACAACAGGUUGUCUGUUUGUGUGGGUUACGCAACAAAAUGGCUGCAGCAUCCUCACACACACACACACACACACACACAUUCAGUACAUAGGGCUCACUUUUCGAAAUCUAAAUUACAGCGGAACCACCAAAGUGGAAAACUCAGCAUCUUGUGGUUGACUUCAAAGUUGUUUGAGUUUCAAACAAAUGGUCCCAUGCAAAAUCGUCUGUUCCAGGGUCAAAGUGGUACCAUCAAGAAAAAAACUUUUUGUCAGGGUUUUUUGAAUUCCAAGAUGUAUUUUUAAAAAAAGACUGUAAAUGUAAAACUAGGCAACACGGCGGAGGACUGGUUAGAACAUCUGCCUCACAGUUCUGAGGACUGGGAUUUUAAUGCAGCCUCACCUGUGUGGCCUUUGCAUGUUUCUCCCUUUGCCCGUGUGGGUUUUCUCCGGGUUUCCUCCCACAUCCUAAAAACACGCGUGGUAGGUUAAUUGAAAACUCUAAAUUGCCCGUAGGUGCGAAUGGUUGUUUGUCUAUGUGUGUCCUGCGAUUGGCACCCCCCUCUCGCCCAGAGUCAGCUGGGAUAGGCUCCAGCACACCUGCGACCCAAGGGAGGAUAAGCGGUACAGUGAUGGAUAAAUGUAAAACUAAUAUACAGUAAAACUACGCACCAAAUGAAGACCCAACCAAGUGAUUAUUCCAGCGAUCAUUAAAUGUCUAUCUCGCCGACGAACAUUGGUGUUGUGUUCAGGGACAGUCUCGAAUCACAGUUUUUCUUCACGAAGCAAGUGAGAAACAAUGUCUGAGUCAGGCAUCACCUUCAGGGACCACCUGAAAUCACAGUUCUUCAUAAAAACAACUAAUGGUCAGGUGUUGCCUUCAACGACAGUCUGAACUCAUAUCUUCCCAAAAUGUCAUUGUCAUUAGCUUCCAGCUACAUGUAUUUAUCAUUUUGUCAUUAUCUUUGUACUAAAGUCUUGUGAGAUUUGUUGACGUCACACGUGAUGAUGCUUGAAAUUGGCGAAUUGUUCAGACUUAUGGAAGUUCCGCUGUAGCUGAAAAUGUGAUUUUAUUUUUAUUUUUUUUUAAACACUUUUCACAUAGUUUUUUUCCUGUGCACUUUUAUUUACAAAUUAGCCACGAUAUUUUUUUAUUGAUGUUUUUUUUCCCAAAUUACUUUAUUUCACAAGUAAACAUUAAAAAUGGACUUUAGUGAGCCGGUGAACAAGAAAGGAUGCCGCAGCACUGGAUGUGAUUAACUAAAAACAUGUUGCACUGAAAUGUAAAAUAAAUUUUAAAAAAAGCUAUGAUGAUUUUAUGAUGAUGGCGUUAUAUGUUGUUUUUAAAAUAAUAAUUAAAAAAAAUGCUUUCCCAUGAAGGUGUACAAUCUCACACCGGGAAAAAAAAAAACAUUUCUGUGGAUGGUAAA